AUGUGUGCUACUUGCUCUGGGUUGACUGGCACUUGCGAUACUUGUAAAGACCCUGCUAGGAUGGAUCUUAGUGGAGCCACAUGCAUUUGUAAAGGAAAUCAAAAGUUAGCGGGAUCAACAUGCUUUUGUGAUGCAGGGUACUAUUUUGAUGGAGAUACAUGCGUUAAAUGCUCAAACUUAUGCAGUGCUUGCAAUGAUUAUACCGGAGUAUGCACAACAUGUAAGGAUUCGAAAAUGACAUUCGACUCAAACGACAACAAAAACUGUAAAUGUAUUGGAGAUCAGAUUCUUAGUGGGGAGACUUGCACCUGCCCUAGCAACCAACAAUUCAACGGAGAUGGGUGCUCUGCUUGCGGCGAAUUCUGUAGUACUUGUGAUGUUAAUGCUAAAAUCUGUAGCAUUUGUAUAGAUGGAAAUAAGAUGUCACCUGUGAGUGGUACUGUAACUUGUGCCUGCAAAGGGAAUCAAAUAAAAGCAAACACUGGCUGCACUUGUCCAUCAGGCUCUUACUUUGACAGCACAACUUGUUCGACCUGCGGCGAUUUCUGCACUACAUGCACAGAUUUAUCAGGUGCAUGCACUGUCUGUAAAAAUGAUAAAAUGGAAGUUAGCCCUAGUAAUCCGAAAGUUUGUAGAUGUAAAGGAACUCAACAGUACAAUCCCUUAACAUCCUCUUGCUACUGUCCCACAGGAUAUUACGAUGGCUCGACUUGUCAGAGCUGCACAACUCUUUGCUCAACCUGUGAGUCGACCAAGUGUUUAACUUGUCAAGGUAUUGCCAACCUUAUAGUAGAUCCUCAAAACCCAACUAAUUGUGUCUGUGCCAGUGGCUACAAUUGGAUAACAGCAGAGGGCACUUGUCAGCAAUGCUCUGUUGGAACUUACUACGAUGGCAACAAAUGUGCUAGCUGCGCUGCUACGUGUGCUACUUGCUCUGGGCUAACUGGUACUUGCAAUACUUGCAAAGACACUGUUAGGAUGGAUCUUAGUGGAGCCACAUGCAUUUGCAAAGGAACCCAAAAACUAACUGAAUCAGCAUGUUCUUGCGAUGCAGGGUACUACUUUGAUGGAUCUACUUGUGUUCAAUGCUCAAGCCUGUGCGCUUCUUGCUCCGAUUACACUGGUGAAUGCAAAUCUUGCAAAGAUUCGAAAAUGACAUUUGACCCUGCCAAUAAGAAGAGCUGUAUAUGUAUCGGAGAUCAGACUCUUGACAAUGGAGUAUGCACUUGCCCUAUCGGUCAACAAUUUAAUGGUGUCAAAUGUUCUGAGUGCGGAACAUUUUGCAAUUCCUGCAAUGUUUCAGGAAAAAUAUGUAACAUUUGUGUUGAUUCUGCAAAGAUGCUUGCAACUGCCGGAACUACUACUUGUUCAUGCAAAGGCGACCAAACUGCAACAGUAAGCGGCUGUUCCUGUCCUACUGGAUUUUACUUUAAAGACUCAAAAUGCACUCAAUGCGGCAGCUUAUGUGCUUUAUGUGCAGAUACAACAGGAAUUUGUAGCACCUGCAAGAACGAUUCUACAAUGGAAGUAAACCCUGACGACACCACAACUUGCAGAUGUAAAGGAACCCAGCAAUACAGCAACGCAUUAUCGGCUUGUACUUGCCCUGUUGGCUAUUUUGAUAACGGCACCUGUAAGAGCUGUACAACUCUUUGCUCGACCUGUGACUCAACCAAGUGUUUAACUUGCCAAUCCAUUGCCCAUCUUGUAGUUGACACCCAAAACCCUAAAAACUGUGUCUGUGCUGGCGGGUACAACUGGAUUACCGCUAAAAGCAUUUGUGAACAAUGCUCUGCAGAGACCUAUUACGAUGGCAACAAGUGUGCAAGCUGUGGGACUAAUUGCGCAACUUGUUACGACGGUACUGGAAUUUGCAAAACCUGUAAGAGCUCAAGAAUGGAAAAAGGAGGUGACCCCACUAAAUGCAUUUGCAAAGGAACUCAAAAGAUAAGUGGAUCAACAUGCUCUUGUGAUGCAGGGUACUACUUUGAUGGAGAUACAUGUGUUCAAUGCUCAGAUUUAUGCAAUACUUGCGAAGAUUAUACUGGAGUAUGUAAAACAUGUAAAGACUCGAAAUUAAUGACAUUCGACUCAAACGAUAAUAAAAAAUGCAAAUGUAUUGGAGAUCAGACUCUUAGUGGAGAUACUUGCACCUGCCUUAACAACCAACAAUUCAACGGAUAUGUAUGCUCUACUUGCGGUGAAUUUUGUAAUACUUGUGAUGUUAAUGCUAACUCCUUCAUUCUAAGCGAGGAAAAACAUUUUGAAUAAGGGAACUUUUUUUAAAACAGUAAAACUGGAAAUGAUUUGUAAUUGUUUUGCCAGGUGUGUUAUUUUUUUCCCAAAAAAUAGAGGGAGUUUUCUGAUGAUUUCCUCACCUGUGGAAGAGGGGUAGUAAGGUAUGCAGCACUUGUAUAGAUGGAAAUAAGAUGUCACCUGUGAGUGGUACUGUAACUUGUGCCUGCAAAGGGAAUCAAAUAAAAACAAACACCGGCUGCACUUGUCCGUCAGGCUCUUACUUUGACAGCACAACUUGUUCGACCUGCGGCGAUUUCUGCACUACAUGUACAGAUACAUCAGGUGCAUGUACUGUCUGUAAAAAUGAUAAAAUGGAAGUUAACCCUAGUAAUCCGAAAGUUUGUAGAUGUAAAGGAACUCAACAGUACAAUCCCUUAACAUCCUCUUGCUACUGUCCUACUGGAUAUUACGAUGGCUCGACUUGUCAGAGCUGCACAACUCUUUGCUCAACCUGUGACUCGACCAAGUGUUUAACUUGUCAAGGUAUUGCCAAUCUUAUAGUAGACCCUCAAAACCCAACUAACUGUGUCUGUGCCAGUGGCUACAAUUGGAUUACAGCAGAGGGCACUUGUCAGCAAUGCUCUGUUGGAACUUACUACGAUGGCAACAAAUGUGCUAGCUGCGCUGCUAAUUGUGCAAGCUGUUAUAACGGGUCUGGCACUUGUAAUACUUGCAAAGACCCUGCUAAGAUGGAUCUUAGUGGAAUCACAUGCAUUUGUAAAGGAACCCAAAAGCUAACUGGAUCAACAUGUUCUUGUGAUGCAGGGUACUACUUUGAUGGAUCUACUUGUGUGCAAUGCUCAAACUUAUGCUCCUCUUGCUCCGAUUACACUGGUGAAUGCAAAUCUUGCAAUGAUUCGAAAAUGACUAUUGAUCCAGCCAAUAAGAAGAACUGUAUAUGUAUCGGAGAUCAGGUACUUAACAAUAAUAUGUGUACAUGCCCUGCAAGUAAACAAUUUAACGGCUCUGGAUGUUCUGAUUGCGGGACUUUCUGUUCAACUUGCAUUGUUAGCUCUAAUACCUGCAACACUUGUAUAGAUGGAAAUAAGAUGUCUCCUGUAAGCAGCACUGUAACUUGUGCCUGCAAAGGGAAUCAAAUAUCAACAAAUGCCGGUUGCAGUUGCCCUUCAGGCUCUUACUUUGAUAGCUCAACUUGCUCAACUUGCGGCGAUUUAUGCACUACAUGCACAGAUACAUCAGGUGUAUGCACUGCCUGUAAGGAUAGUAAAAUGGAAGUGGAUCCUAGUAAUCAGAAAGUUUGUAGAUGCAAAGGAACUCAAAAAUAUAGCUACGCGCUAUCCUCUUGCUACUGUCCUACUGGAUAUUACGAUGGUUCAACUUGCCAGAGCUGCACAACUCUUUGCUCAACCUGCGACUCGACUAAGUGUUUAACUUGCCAAAGUAUUGCAAACCUUAUAGUAGACCCUCAAAACCCAACUAACUGUGUCUGUGCCAGCGGCUAUAACUGGAUUACCGCUAAAAGUACUUGCGAACCAUGCCUUGUUGGUAGUUAUUAUGAUGGCAACAAAUGUGCUACCUGCUCAGAUAAUUGUGCAAGCUGUUACGAUAGAACUGGUUUCUGUAAAGUAUGCAACUCAAGAUUUACUCCAAGUACUGUCGACCCAACUAAAUGCAUUUGUAAAGGAACUCAAAAGAUAGCCGGAUCAACAUGCUCUUGUGAUGCAGGGUACUACUUUGAUGGAGAUACAUGUGUUCAAUGCUCAGAUUUAUGCAGCACUUGUGAAGAUUAUACUGGAGUAUGUAAAACUUGUAAAGACUCGAAAUUAAUGACAUUCGACUCAAACGAUAAUAAAAAAUGCAAAUGUAUUGGAGAUCAGAUUCUUAGUGGAGAUACUUGCACCUGCCCUAGCAACCAACAAUUCAACGGAGAUGAGUGCUCUGUUUGCGGUGUAUUUUGUAGUACUUGUGAUGUUAAUGGUCAAGUCUGCAGCACUUGUUUAGAUGGAGAUAAGAUGUCACCUGUGAGUGGUACUGUAACUUGUGCCUGCAAAGGGAAUCAAAUACCAGCAAACACUGGCUGUACUUGCCCUUCAGGCUCUUACUUUGACAGCUCAACUUGCUCGACUUGCGGCGAUUUCUGCACUACAUGCACAGAUACAUCUGGUGUCUGCACUGCCUGUAAAGAUAGUAAAAUGGAGGUGGACCCUGUAAAUUCAUACGACACCUAGUCCACAACGACUAUUUUUUAAUAAAUAUUUUUGGUUAUUUUUUUUAUUUUGGGGUUUUAACCUAUAUUUUUUUUACAGAACUAUCAUUUUUUUGACUUUUUUUUAACCUAUCUCUUUAGACUAUAUUUCUGACAUUUUAUGGUCAUUUGCUUUAGAAAUGAUUCCAUAUUGAUUAUCGCGGCUAUUUUCAAUCCAUUUUAUUUUAAUGUAUAUGCAGUAGUAGUUACAUUAUAAAUUUUUUAGCAUUAAACAAGAGGCAAAAAAAGUAGGCUAAGCAAAAUAGGCACAAAAAAGUUUUAUGUGUAGGUGUCGUGCGAAAGAAUCAUGGACCCUGCUAAUACAAAAGCUUGCAGAUGUAAAGGAACUCAGAAAUAUAGCUACACGCUAUCUUCUUGCUAUUGUCCAACUGGAUACUUCGAUGGCUCAACUUGUCAGAGCUGCACAGCUCUUUGCUCGAUCUGUGACUCGGCCAAAUGUUUAACUUGCCAGUCUAUUGCAAACCUUGUAGUCGACACCCAAAACCCUAAAAACUGUGUCUGUGCAGUAGGCUAUAAUUGGAUUACUGCAAGCAGCUCCUGUAAUCAAUGCUCUGUUGGAACUUACUACGAUGGAAACAAAUGUGCUGACUGUUCAGAUAAUUGUGCAAGUUGUUAUAACGGCAGUGGAUUUUGCGCUGUCUGCAAAGACUCAAGAAUGAUGAUAAGCACCAGCGACCCAACAAAAUGCAUCUGCAAAGGAAACCAAAAAUUAACUGGAUCAGUAUGCUCUUGCGAUUCAGGCUACUACUUUGAUGGCUCAAAUUGUGUCCAAUGCUCAAGCUUAUGCACAUCUUGCUCUGAUUACACUGGAGAAUGUCUUUCAUGCAAAGAUUCUACAAUGACUAUUGAUCCAGCCAAUAAGAAAAACUGUAUUUGUAUUGGAGACCAAAUUCUUGAUGGUAACAACGCAUGCACUUGUCUUGGAACUCAGCAAUUCAAUGGCGCUAUAUGUUCUGAUUGUGGAACCUUCUGUACGACUUGCAAUGUAAAUCAAAAUGUAUGUAGUGUCUGCUUGGGAAACAGAAUGGAGCCAGUAAGCAACACCGUUACUUGUGCUUGUAAAGGAAAUCAGCUAGUCUCAGCCUCUGACUGCAGUUGUAAAUCAGGCUUUUACUUUGACAGCACAACAUGUUUGGCUUGUGGCACUUUUUGCACGACUUGUGAGGACUUAACUGGAAAAUGCAAUACAUGUAGCUCUGCAACUAUGGAAGUAAGCGACAGUGAUCCAAAAACUUGUAAAUGCAAAGGAAAUCAAGUAUAUAGCAGCGUUUUAUCCUCUUGCUACUGUCCUACUGGAUACUUCGAUGGCUCGACUUGUCAGAGCUGCACAACUCUUUGCUCGACCUGUGACUCAGCCAAAUGUUUAACUUGUCAGUCUAUUGCAAACCUUAUAGUAGACCCUCAAAACCUAACUAAAUGUGUCUGUGCAGCAGGCUAUAACUGGAUUACCGCAACCAGCAGCUGUGAGGUAUGCGAAACUGGAACUUACUUUGAUGGAAACAAAUGUGCUAGCUGCACAACGAAUUGUGCAAGUUGUUAUUACGGCACUGGAUUCUGUGCUUUAUGCAAAGACGUCAGAAUGACAAUAAAUACAAAUGACUUGACGAGCUGCAUCUGCAAAGGAAACCAAAAGAUUAGUGGAUCUACAUGCUACUGCGAUUCAGGCUACUACUUUGAUGGCUCAAAUUGUGUCCAAUGCUCAAGCUUAUGCACAUCUUGCUCUGAUUACACUGGAGAAUGUCUUUCUUGCAAAGGUUCGAAAAUGACUAUUGAUCCAGCCAAUAAGAAAAACUGUAUUUGUAUUGGAGACCAAAUUCUUGACGGUAACAACGCAUGCACUUGUUCUGGAACUAAACAGUUUAAUGGCAAGGAAUGCGUGGACUGCGGAUAUUUCUGUAGCACUUGUGAUGUAUCUGGAAAUACAUGUAAUACCUGUAUUGACUCAGUCAGAAUGGAACAAGUAAGUAACACUCUUACCUGCCAAUGCAAAGGAAACCAAACGAAAAAUAUUGGCUCUUGCACUUGUCCUUCAGGCAACUAUUUCGACAAUUCAAAUUGUGAAGCUUGUGGCGAUUUAUGUGCUGCAUGCGAUGACUCAACUGGAAAAUGCAAUACAUGUAUAAACACUGCAACUAUGGAAAUAAGCAGCACUGAUUCAAAGACUUGUAAAUGCAAAGGAACUCAGCAAUAUAGCAGUUUAACGAAAUCUUGUUCCUGCACUUUAGGCUACUUCGAUGGCUCAACUUGUCAGAGCUGCACAACUCUUUGUUCUUCUUGCAAUGCAAUUAAGUGUUUAGCUUGUCUAAGUAUUACCAAUCUUGAAGUAGAUCCUACCAACCCAACAACUUGUCAUUGCGCCGCUGGAUAUAACUGGAUCACUGCGACUAGCACUUGCGAGCAAUGCCAAACUGGAACUUAUUAUGAUGGAGAUAAAUGCGCUCCUUGCUCUACUAACUGUGCAAAAUGCUAUAAUGGCUCUGGAAUCUGCAGCGUCUGCGUAGAUACAAGAAUGGAUAUUAGCUUAAAUGAUUUGACUAGUUGUGCAUGUAGAGGAAACCAAAAGAUCAGCGGAUCCACAUGUUCUUGCGACUCAGGCUAUUACUUUGAUGGUUCCAAUUGCGUGAAAUGCUCUGACUUGUGCGCUACUUGCCUUGAUUACACUGGAAUUUGUACAGCAUGCAAGGAUUCUGCGAAGAUGACCUUUGAUACAGCAAACAAGAAGAAUUGCAAGUGCAUUGGAGAUCAAGUACUUACUCCUCCUGUCCGUGAGCGAAAACAAACCAUUAGAAAAAUCUUUAUUUUUUAAUAGCAAAAUUUUUUAUGGAAAUAUUUUUUGAUAUAUAGCACAAGCCUCAUUUUAGAUCUCUGAGGACAAUUACUUUUAAUAGAAUAUUAUAAUUUUAAAUUAAGGAAAAAUCUGAAAAGUCAAUUUUAGAAUUGACAAAUAGGAUGCAUAUAAUGACAUUUUUAAAAUGAAUUUUGACUUUUUAGGAAUUUUAAACUGAGUUUUUCUUUGAAUGGCAUUUUUCUAAAAAAUCUAUAGGGAGCACUCGCUAUAUAAGUGAUAAUUAGUUUAAUGAAUUGUCUAGCUAAUUCUGUUUAAUUUAAAACAAAUUGCGUUUUAAAAAUAAAUUUUACACAUUAAAUUAAUAUUUGCUUUCCAAUUUUUGCGAAGUGGAAUUUUUUUAAAUUUCGAAAAAAAAACUAUAAAAUUAAAUAUAAAUUUUUUUAAAAAAAAAAUAACCCCCUGUGUGAGUGAACAAAAAUUUUUUUUUCAUUCAAGGAGGGGGAGUUAGCAACAAUGUAUGUACUUGCACUGGAAAUAAACAAUUCAAUGGCUCUGGGUGCUCUGAUUGCGGAACGUUCUGCUCCGCUUGCAAUGUAAACACGAAGAUCUGCAACACUUGUAUUGAUACAGUUAAAAUGACAGCAGUUUCUGGCACAGUAACUUGCACAUGCAAAUCUGGUCAGCAAGUCACAGCGACAGGCUGCAUUUGUGCUUCAGGAUCAUAUUUCGACACUACAACGUGUUCAGCCUGUGGUAACUUAUGUGCUACAUGUGCUGAAACAACUGGGCAAUGUUUAACAUGCAAAAACUCGGUAACUAUGGAAUUCGGCACUGAUCCAAAGACUUGCAAAUGUAAAGGCACUCAGCAGUACAACAGUGAAACAGCUUUAUGUUACUGCGCUUCAGGUUACUUCGAUGGCUCAACUUGUCAGAGUUGCUCUGCCCUUUGCUCUACAUGCGAUUCUAGUAAGUGCUUAACUUGUCAAAAUAUUGCUAACCUUGAAGUUGAUCUUACGAACCCUAAGACUUGCCAUUGUGCGGCUAGCUAUAAAUGGAUAGUAGCAACUAGUACCUGUGAGCAAUGCGCUACCGGAACUUAUUAUGAUGGGAGCCAAUGUACUUCCUGCUCUACCAAUUGCGCAAGCUGCUUUGAUGGGCUUGGAAUAUGCGGGAAAUGCACUGAUUCAAGAAUGACACCAAACCUACUUGACUUAACUAAAUGCAUUUGUAAAGGAAACCAAAUUGCCAGUGGAUCAACAUGCACCUGUGACUCAGGGUUCUACUUCAAUGGCGAAAAUUGUGUGCAAUGCUCCAGCUUAUGCAGCUCUUGUUUAGAUUACUCUGGGCAGUGCACAUCGUGCAAAAAUUCUCAAACAAUGAUAUUCGACCCAGACAGCAAUAAAGCUUGUAAAUGCAUAGGUGAUCAGUACCUUAGCAAUGGUGUAUGCGCUUGUGAUGCUGGCAAACAAUUUAAUGGUGAAAUUUGCUCUACCUGCGGUAAAUUUUGUAAAACUUGCAAUGUCGCAGCAAAUUCCUGUAGCGCCUGCAUAAAUGAUAGCACAAUGACAACAGUUGCUAGCACGUUAACUUGCUCAUGUAGACCUCGUCUAAAUACCAUAGCAACAGGCUGCACCUGCAAUUCAAACUUUUACUUUGACGGCUCCACAUGUUCUGCCUGUGGAGGUUUAUGCGAUACUUGCACUGAUAUCUCUGGAAAAUGUAACGCAUGCAAAAAUAUGGCAAAUAUGGAAUUCACUGCUGAUCAAAAGAAUUGCAGAUGUAAAGGCACUCAACUGUACAGCGUGUCAAAAGCUUUAUGCUACUGCGCUUCAGGUUACUUCGAUGGCUCUACUUGCCAGAGGUGUUCUGCCCUUUGCUCAACUUGUAAUUCUGCUACGUGCUUAACUUGUCAAGCCAUCGACAAUCUUGUAGUUGACUCCACGAAUCCAAAAACUUGCAAAUGUGCCAGCGGAUACAAAUGGAUUGUAGAAGGUAACACCAGCAUCUGCGGGAAAUGUUUAGCUGGCACUUAUUAUGAUGGAACCAAAUGCUCUAGCUGUUCAACCAACUGUGCUACAUGUUAUGAAGGAGCUGGACUAUGUGAAACCUGCAGUGACUCUUUGAGAAUGCAAAAGAAUCCAAGUGACUUAAGUAAAUGUAUUUGCAAAGGAAACCAAAAGGUCACUGGAUCAACAUGCACUUGCGAUGCAGGCUACUAUUUUGAUGGUGACAAUUGUGUCCAAUGUUCAGACUUAUGCAAAACCUGCAAAGAUUACACUGGUGAGUGUCAGGGGUGUAUUGAUUCAAGUAAGAUGAUAAUUGACACAGCAAAUAAGAAAAACUGUAAAUGCAUAGGCGAUCAAACUCUUUCUAAUAAGCAAUGCAUUUGUUCAGGAACUAAGCUUUAACUUAAUUAUUCGGUGUUUAAAGUGUCUAGUGCAGCAACCCUAAAAAGGGCUUUUAGCUAAACUAAUGACAUCACGGAGCCAUCUUGGAAUCGCGGUGGUCAGCCCAACCGGCCAAGCCUUCUAUCAACGCUUCGUCUCCAGCCGCCGCACAUCUCACCCGGCGCGUUGCCGUUGCUCUGCCCUGCCUCAGCUCCUACGCGUGUUCCGCCUAAGGGUCAUCCUCCCUUGGGGAUGUGUUGAGAGGUAAAACUCCGAGCCUCUUGAAUGCAUUGAGGAGCUGUUCCUUUGGCUAUCCCAAAAGUUAAACAGCUAUUGCUGUGCAGAAGUUCUCGAGAGAAAACCAACCCCAUAAAUAAAAUUCAAUGAGGGAGAAAAAUUAGCAGAGCUAAUUUCUCGAACCUAAUGCCAUUUUAUUUAUGUUCAGGAACUAACUCCCCCCCCCCCCCUCCGUGAGCGAACAAAACCAUUAGAAAAAUCGCCAUUUUUUGACCAAAAACCCACCCUCCGUGAGUGAACAAAAAUUUUUUUAAUAGAAAAAAUUUUAAUGGAAAAAAAUUUUGAUAUAUAAGUGAUAAUUAGUAUAAUGAAAUCUAGAGCUAAUUCUGUUUAAUUUUAAACAAAUUGCGUUUUUUAAAACAUAAAUUUUGCAAAUUAAAUUAAUAUUUGGUUCCCAAUUUUUGCAAAUUAGGAUUUUUUUAAAUUUCGAAAAAAAAUAUUUUUUAUAAAAUUUAUAUAUAAAUUUUUUUUAAAAAAAAAAAAUUAACCCCCCUCCGUGAGCGAACAAAAAUUUUUUUGUUCGCUCACGGAGGGGGGGGGGAGUAAGCAAUUCAACGGUUCUGUAUGCUCUGAUUGCGGCUAUUUCUGCAGCACUUGUAACACUGGAACUAAGACAUGCUUAACUUGUGUUGAUUCUAGGAGAAUGUCACCAGUCAGCGGCACCACUACUUGUGCAUGCAAGUCAGGCCAAAUUACAAAUCUUAACUCUUGCUCCUGUACCUCUGGCUCUUACUUUGAUGACACAACAUGUCCUAGCUGCCAAAACAAAUGUGUAAGCUGUAAAAGCUUGUGUGCUACCUGCGAUGAUUACACUGGAAAUUGUCAAACUUGUAAAGACACUGAAAGAAUGGAUCCUGACCCAGCAGAUAAAACAAAUUGCAAAUGUAGAGGAACCCAACAGCUUGUCAUUGCAACCUCUAGUUGCAUCUGUGCAGCAGGUACCUAUUAUAAUGGAGCUACAUGUCUUAAAUGCGGAGAUCGUUGUGCCACAUGUGAGGACUACACUGGAAAUUGCAAGACUUGCCUUGAUCCUUCCAGAAUGGACCUUUCUGAUAAGAUUUGCCAAUGCAAAGGAAGCCAGCAAUCAAAUCCUGACGCAUGUUCUUGUCUUUCAAUGGAAUACUUUGACGGAUCAACUUGUCAAUCUUGUGGCAAAAACUGUAAGACUUGCAAAGAUACGACUGCAGAAUGCACGACAUGUUAUAGUAAUUAUGCCCUUGAACAAAUAGCUCUCCCAUUAGUAUGUUCUUGUCCUGCUAAAACCUAUGAUGUCAUUUCAGGCUGCAAUCCUUGUGGAACAAUGUGUGCUUCUUGUUUGAAUGCAGGAGUUUGUUCAACUUGCAACGAUAAUACAGCUCAAGAACUAGACCAAAAUAAUAACCAGAACUGUAAAUGUAAAGCUGCUAACUACUAUGAUGGCACAACCUGCAAGAGCUGUGGAACUUACUGUGCUGCAUGUGAAGCAACCAAAUGUACUCAAUGUGUGGACACAGAUAAUAUGAUUUACAAUGCUAUUAACGCUCGCAACUGUGAAUGCAAACUCGGAAUGUACUAUGACGCUAAUUCAGGCAAAUGCGUCAGUUGUAUGGAUAAAUGCAAUGUUUGUAGCAGUGGCACAAGCUGUACUACUUGUGAAAGCGGAUAUUAUUUCGAUGUGCCUACGUCUAGCUGUAAAGUGACUACAUGUGACUCUGGAACUUAUUAUGAUGAAAACUCAUGUAAAGCAUGUACUGCUCCUUGUUUGGAUUGCUCGAGCUCAACUUUCUGUUAUACUUGUAUUACAGCUGACUUUUCAAUUGACGCCAGAGCUGGAACUUGUAACUGUGUGGCUGGUAAAUAUUAUAGGUCUUCUAGUAAGACUUGUGAGCUCUGUGGACAAUACUGCUCAACUUGUACAGGAGCAGCUGAUUUCUGCUCAACUUGUAUUGAUUCUACUAUGACUUAUAAUGCAGUCACAGGAGUGUGCACAUGUCCAGCGAAAACUUAUUUCAGUGAAGGAGUUUGUAAGAGCUGUGCGGAUCCUUGCUCGAAUUGUAGCAGCCUGACGUUCUGUUUAAGCUGUGUGGAUGCUACAAUGACUUUGACUGCAACUACUGGAGUUUGCAGGUGUAAGGAUGGAACUUAUUUUGAUUCAACAAGUCAUAAGUGUUUGGCUUGCGAUGCUACAUGUGCUACCUGCUCUAGCUCAUCAAGUUGCUCUACUUGCAAAGAUCCUACAAUGUCUAUUACUCCUUUUAAUAGAUAAGAAGACAAAAUUUAAAUUUUUCCAAAAUCCUUUUUUAAUAAUAAAUAUUAAUAAUGCAGACUAUUUCUAUCUAAUAAUAUAAUCUUUAUUUCCAGGCCUGUCGAAACAAAUAUGGAGCAAGUCGAGAGGUCAAGCCAAAACUGUGGGACUCAUAAAGUCCCCGGGGUAUCGGGCUUCGCCAUUUAACCCGGAAGAGAAGGCACAGGCCAAGAUUAUCCGUUGGGAGGAGGAAGUGAAGCCCAACGUACCGUACUUACAAUUCUUCCCGUCGAGCUUGGUGAGUUUGGGUUUUUCCCUUCAUGGGUUUUUUCUCCCACAAAGCUGAAACAAAGGAGAGCUCAUUGUGGCUGAUUCCUGUGGAGUAAGGGCUUGUCAAACGAAGCGAAGGCCUCCAGUAGCCGGGUAAAGGGACUGAUGAUGUCUGGCCAUGAAAAAUGCAAACCUAGCCAGAUGCCAUGAAUCAAGGCAGAGACUUGGCCUUGCAGUUAAACUUUAAUUGAUCCAAUUCUUAAUUCUUAUCUAAUAAAUUAAAUUUUUAAUUAUUUUCCACAUAAAAAGAAAUAUAAUAUUUUAUUGAUGUUUAAAGGGAAAUUAGUGCUGGUGUUUGUACUUGUCCUGCUCGCCAAUAUUUCGACACUCAAUCUCUGUCCUGCAAGAACUGCGAUGCUACCUGUGGAAAAUGCACAAGCUCUUCUUCAUCAUCUUGCACUGCUUGUAGAGAUGCAGCUAUGGCUUUGACCAACGGAGUUUGUACUUGUCCAAGCACCCAAUAUUUCAAUUUGGUUACAAACGCCUGUAAGACCUGCACUGGACCUUGCAAGAGCUGUACUUCUGAUACUUUCUGCACAUCUUGUCUUGAUACAGCUACUCUCAAUUCUCAAACUGGAGUCUGCUCAUGUGCUGACAAACAAUACUUUAACUCUACCCAUUCCAAAUGCACAACUUGCAAUGGUCUCUGCAACACCUGUUCCUCAUACUCAACCUGCAUAACUUGUGUUGAUAAGACAAACCCAGUCUCCAAUGGUGUAUGCACAUGUGCAAACGGAUACUAUGCUUUAGACAAGCAAUGUGUUAUGUGUCCUUCCCCAUGUUCAACUUGUUCCAGCGCCACAGUAUGUACUGGUUGUAAGAAACACGCAACUCUAAAUAACUCAAGCAAGAAAUGCACUUGUGACAGAGGCUAUGGCCUUAAUAGCACUGAUACUUCUGGAUAUUGUGUUGCUACUUGUAAUAAGCUUUGCACUGUUUGUGACAUUGAUAAUGCCAAUCUUUGCUCUAGUUGUGUGACAAAUGCUGAGCUUACAGGAACAGCUUGUGCUUGUACUGCUAAUUCUGCAUAUAGUAGUGCAGCUGGAGGGUGCGCUUGCAAUGCAGGGUAUACUUUGUCAAAUAGUAAGUGUGUGGUAUGCAAGAGGUAUCUUGCACCAAGUGACUUAUUGUCUGCUGAAUUUAGCUCGUCGUGGACGUCAAUUUCUAUCAAUUUCAAUACAAAGGUGGACACCUCAGUUGACCCGUCCUGCUCGAAAACUUUCACCGCAGCAACAGUAGCCUUGUUUGGAACUGGUGCAGUUUGCUCAUGGACUGAUAAAAAGACACUCAAAAUAGCGUUAGGCACUGGCUUUUCACUGCGGUAUAGUACUCUUUAUUUGGAUGGAACUUAUAUUCUGAAAGAUUCUUCUGAUCCUUGCACUACUAACUAUCAGCCUCUUUCGCUGAUUCCCACAUCUACAUCUAGUCCUGUUCCAACAGCGAUUAUAACUGGCCAAUCCAGCUUUACUUUAGGCUGCGGAUCUGAUCCUCUUACUUUCUCUGGUGACAAAUCUACAGGAUCUCUAGGAAAUAAUUUAUCUUACCUCUGGGCUGUUACUUCAAUAUCUCCAGCUAACUCCAAAGUAUCGGACGCCAUCAAUAAUAAAGCAGAUUCUUCAAUUUCUAUAGACCGUUCCUACUUUGAUUCAACUACCACGACAACAGUGACCGUUAGCUUAACAGUGACCAAUUUCAUGACCAUUUCAAGCACUGCUUCCUUUACAACCACAGUCACUGGUGGAAAUGCAUUGACAGUGAUAUUUGACCAAGGCAAUACAGUUUCUAUGAAAUCUUCAACGUCUAAAACACUUAAAGCAAAAGUCACUUCUCUCUGCGGAACAACUACUGGAACUAUCACUUGGGCAUGGAGCUAUGACAGUGGACCGACAAUAGACUCUGCCUCAAUUCUUGCUAACGCAAAUGCAGAUAAGCUAACUAUUAAUGCGAAUGCUUUGGCAGCAAGCUCUACUCCAUAUGUAUUUAAAGCAACUGCUUCACAAGUCAGCAAUGGGUCGACAAUUACAGGAAGUGCCACUAUUUCAGUUACAGUCACUGCUUCAGCAUUAAGUGUUGGGCUAUCUAAAACAAGUGGAGAUGUUUCUCCUGACAGAGACUAUACUAUUAACGCCCAAAAUUCAAAAGACCCUGACAGUCCUAGCUCAACUUACGAAGAUUUUACUUAUAAGUGGACUUGUUUGAAUAGCUUAGAUAACAGUGCAUGUGUAGGAGCUGACGGCAAGACUCCUUUGAGUAGCGAUACUGAUUCCACUUUGACUAUUCCUUCAUCACAAAUGGUUAAAGGAGCUCAAUGGGAGAUUACUUGCACUAUAUCUAAAGACACAAGAACCGCUGCUGCUACAAUAUCUCUAACUCCUCGUCUUAAUAUGAUUUUAAAAACCCAUUUAUAUAAUUGAAUAAUUAAUCUCACAUCAAAUAUUACUUGGGAAAUAUUUUUCUAACAAGGGAUACUGAUUUUCUAAAAAUAGAUUCUUUGAAUAGUUUGCUCGCUAAUCUUGAUCUUAUUUUAAUUAUACUUUUCGAAAAGCAAUUGAGAUUUCUGAAGACUUAUCCCAAUCCCUUAGACUUCCCAGUCUGCUUGUCAGUUCGCGUUUCAAGGCUGCUCCUGCCGUAUGAAGCCUACGCCCUCUAUCCUGUAGCCGGAUUUUCGAGUCGCAAUUCUGAUGCGCCGGCAAAGGUUACCAUCAAGAAAAAUUAAAAAAUGAUUUUCUGAAAGACUAAAAAUUGAAAUCCGAAAGCGAGGGCGUAACUCCUGGUUUCAUGCUGGAAAGCAGUCCUGAUCGGCCAAGAAAAUAGCUACUGGAUUUGUCGGGAGAUCCCUUUCCAGCUCUUGGCUCCAUUUCCUCUAGGCAGAGCCUUGAUUUGGAGUAAAGCAAGCAGGCAAUUAGUCCUAUAUUAUGCUUUAUCAAUUAAAAUGUAUCCAGAUACAAAUUCCAGAACGCCAUAUCCCUCUUCAUAGGAGUUACAAGGCUUGGCUACUCACCCCACCAUUUUAAUGUAUGCUUGCUCGCUAGCUAAAGGUAGGAGUAAAUAUUCUGAGCAAGACAUCUGAUGUCUCAAUUGAAAUUGAAUACAAGGUCCAAAAAUAUAACCCGAACUCCAAUAUUGUGAUAACUGCUCAAGUCACAGCUGCUACUUCAGCUACCUUGAAAUGGGCUGAAAGUUCAGGGUCAAUCAGCAUUUCUCCUGGUUAUUUGUCUACAAUGUCUGUGCUUCCUAGUCAGUUAACUGCGGGCUCGACAUAUACAUUUACCCUCACAAUUACAUUGAAUGAUGUCAGCAUUAAUGCUGAAUAUCCAAUCACCCUUAAUCUUGGGGCAGCUUGUACAGGAGAAGUUAAACUAAAUCCAGAAACCGGCACAGCGAUCACUACAUCAUUUAAGCUAAGCAUUGAGGGCUGCUAUGAUAAAGAUGAAGAAGACUACCCAUUAUCAUACACUUAUUUAGACUACUCCAACAAUAAAGCAUACACUCUUGGCUACACCACAGAGAUAAAUUCGCUCUCCACAUACCUUUUCCCUCAGAAGAAUACAAUCACCAUUCGUGUUUGUGAUCACUUGAAGACUUGCAAUGACUAUAAGAAAGAUGUCACAAUUGGAAACUUUAAUAGCAGGCGUUUAGAAACAAGCUCUUUAAUGGAUGCUUAUAAAGAAAGCACGGUUGACGUUGAUAAUGUGCCUUCUACAAUCUCGCUAUUUUGCAGCUCUGCAACUAUUGAUAGUGAGCUAUUCUCCCUUAUGUGGACUGACUUGCAGAAUUAUAUUUCCAGCAAUGAGGUGACUAAUGAUGUAUUGGAAAAUGCAUUAGGUGCAACUUACUCAAUGACAGGUCAGACAGAACAGAUGAGUGUAGACAUGUUCCAGACAUUUGCUUUAUGGCUUUCUAAAAUUAUUGUGGACAACCCUGAUCUUGUGCCAAGCCAAGAUAACAUGAAUACUAUUGUGGCUCUUGCUGAUAAUUAUUUGGCGUAUGGAAACAUGACUGAGUUUUCUACUCUGUCUCUUGAAGGAUAUAUUAUGAAUAUUGAUGCAUUCCUGGCAUAUUGGGAAAUAGCAGCUACUAAGGAUGAUUUGGUAACUCAAGGAGCUAUGGACGGAUCUCAAAACCUAAGAAAUUUAUUUUUCCAGAAAUUUUCCUCGGCACCUGAAUUUUUUUCUCAUCAGACAUUUUGUCGACAAAUCCUUUUUUUGAUCAAUGUUGAUUAGAAAAAAAUUACUCAGAGAAUGGCUGCAAAAGUAAAUGUCACUUAGAAAAGGCAUUUAGCCCUCAAAACACUGAUAUGACUAAAAUUUAUAAGUACAGAGACUUCCCAACCUCGAUGGCCAAUCGCACAGUUCCGUUCUCCAACAACCGCACUAUUUCUAUGCCUGCAAAAUUCAGCUACUCUGACAAUGACGUCAUGAAUAUUAAACUGCACUAUUUCAACACCUCAAACGACUAUUCUGACCUUGUUAUGCUGAGCUUUGCACACUCAGGAACUUAUGAGAACUUAAAACUCGAAACCACAAACGAGACCUAUAUGCCAUUCUCUACAACUGAUUAUCCAGUUAUCUUGGAAAUGCCGAUAUCUCAGAAUAUCACUGAAGGGUAUGACUGGACUUGCUUGUUCUAUAAUGAGACUAGUAAGGCAUGGCUUCAUGAUGGCUGCACUGUAACUGAAAUCAAAAACGAUAGCGUUGUAUUUGAAGUCUAUCACUUCUCUAUGUUCAAGCUUGGACAAGCCGAACCCCAAGCUCCACCAAAUCCAUAUCCUCAACCUUCUGGGCCUUCUUGUGGCGAUAACUACGCUCCACUUUAUAUUUUGGUCGUCGUCCUCUUCAUUUCUAUGAUUUUGGCUCCAAUUAUGAUUAUAUAUGAUAGGCUUGAAAAGGUAGGAAAGACCGUUGAAGCAACUCCUCACCCUACUCAUGUUCCAAGACCUACUGAGCGAGCCUUGAUGUCGCCUUCUACUGAUAGCGUUGAAACUGCACCAAGAAGCGCAAGACACUUCUUCCAGGGUACUCAGCCUAGAGAGUCAAUCGAGCUUGCUGACGGCGAAGAAAUUGUUGAAGAGUCAGAACAAAGGAGUUCAGAUGACGACAGUAACGACAUUGUUGACUCAGUAAGCAUUGAUUUGACUGAAAACUCAUAUGCUCAGCCAAUCGCAACUGAAACUGAAGUAGAGAAGCCUGAAGAUGAGUCUAAGACUGAGCUUGCUGAGCUCAUUGAAGGACAUUUGAUAUUUGGUUUGGUUUACUUCAGAAGCAACUUCUCAAGAUGGGCUAGACUAUUCACACUGGCAACAAUCAUUAUAUUUGAACUUUUACUUGAAGGAUUGUUGCUAUUUGGAUUUGAAAAUACUGACUCAGGAUCCUCAGCAUCCACUGAAACCCUGUUCAAUGACUAUGAAGCUAAGUACUUCGGGUAUACUAUUUUGGCUCUUGCCAUUGCAAUUCCUAUAGAAAUUUUCAUGGUAAUUGCGUUGAGCAUUGAUAGAACUAAAGCUCCAGCUUGGACAGCUGCUGCAGUUGCGCUAGGUAUUACUAUCAUUAUUGGCUCUAUAAUUGGAAUUGUUAUGCUUAGCUUCUCGUUCUGCUUCGAGUGGAGUGGAUACUGGGCUAUUUGUUUCCUCUAUGGAAUCUUGAUACAGAUAUUCAUAUUUGAGACCUUCUACAUGAUUGUGAGAUACUUUAUUCUCCAAAUGGUUGCACAGGUGGAAGAAACCAAGACUAAGGCUUAA